AUUUAUUUAAUUGUUUUUUUUCUUCGUUUCUGUUCAUAAAAAUGAGGCUUGGGAUACUUUUAAAUUGUGUCUACUGUAGCGUAGUUCAGUCAUGGUAAUCUUUCUUUUUGGCAACUACAACUUAUAAACAACUUGAAAAGAGGUGUUUUGACGAAAGGGAAAAAUGGAGUCAAGAUUUAUGCCAGAUAGAAGAAGUCGAUUCAAAGGAAAGGCCGUCUUUAAGGCCGAUGAACUUCGUCGUCAAAGAGAAGAACAACAAGUCGAAAUCCGUAAACAAAAGCGUGAAGAGAGUUUAAACAAGCGCAGAAACUUAAAUUCCGUACUUCAAAAUGAAACAUCUGAAAACAUGGAAAAUGAGCCUGUGCGAGGCUUUAUGGAUGGACAGAUGGAUGAUGAAUUCCCCAAGCUUACUGCAGACGUUAUGUCUAAUAAUAUAGAGCUACAACUAAAUGCUGUCACAAAAUUCCGUAAAUUUUUGUCUAAAGAGACCAAUCCCCCGAUCGAUCGUGUUAUUGCAUGUGGUGUGGUAGAUCGCUUUGUUCAGUUCUUGGAAAGUGAGCAUAAUUUACUUCAAUUUGAGGCCGCUUGGGCCUUGACUAAUAUUGCAAGUGGUACCACUGAUCAGACACGAGUUGUUGUCAAUUCUGGAGCCGUUCCUCGGUUCAUUCACUUACUUUCCUCUCCAGAGAAGGACGUCCGUGAACAAGUUGUGUGGGCCCUUGGUAAUAUUGCUGGUGAUUCUUCAGCCUGUCGUGACUAUGUUCUUAGUUGUGGAUGUUUAGAACCUUUGCUUUAUAUUAUUGAAACGAGCACUGCAGAUUUGUCUAUGCUUCGUAACGCUACAUGGACGCUCUCCAACUUGUGCCGUGGUAAAAACCCUCCCCCCAACUGGUCAACCAUUUCAGUUGCAUUACCUACUCUUGCGAAACUUUUGUAUUCCGAUGAUGUUGAAGUUGUUGUGGAUGCCUGUUGGGCUAUCUCAUAUCUCUCUGAUGGACCUAAUGAAAAAAUUGGUGCUAUCAUUGACGUUGGAUGUGCUCCUCGUCUUGUAGACUUAUUGAAUUCAUCUAGUCCUAAUAUUCAAACACCUGCACUCCGCUCUGUUGGUAACAUCGUCACCGGUACUGAUGCUCAAACUCAAAUUAUUAUUGAGUGUGGUGCUUUGAAUGCUUUCCCAAAUCUUUUGUGCCAUCACAAAGAGAAUAUUCGUAAAGAAACAUGCUGGACUAUAAGUAACAUUACUGCUGGUAACAUCCAACAAAUUCAAGCAGUGAUUGAAUCAAACCUGAUUCAACCAUUGGUACACCUGCUAAAGAAUGCAGAUUACAAAACUAAAAAAGAAGCUUGUUGGGCUAUUUCCAACGCUACGUCAGGUGGUUUGGGUCAGCCUGAGCAAAUCCGCUACCUUGUGAAGCAAGGCGUCAUUAAACCAUUGUGUGAUAUGCUAGAGGGAUCGGAUAAUAAAAUUGUUCAGGUUGCUUUGGAUGCCAUUGAAAAUAUUCUGAAAGUUGGUGAAAUGGAUCGCACAAUGGACGUUCAGAACAUUAAUCUCUGUGCAGUCUAUAUUGAAGAGGCUGGUGGUAUGGAUAAAAUUUACGAGUUGCAAACAUCUGGAAACAACGACAUUUAUCUUAAGGCAUACAACAUCAUCGAAAAGUAUUUUAGUGAUGAAGACGGCGUAGAAGACUUAGCACCUGAGACAAAUGGUAGUACGUUUAGUUUCAGUGGUGGACCGGCCGCAAAUGAAGAAUUCCAUUUUGAUUCCCAGGAUAUGGCCAUGUAAAAACUAAAUGGUCGUCUCAUGUCUAUGCUUUAGUUCAGAGAAGGUGGUCAGGCGUGUGUAAUGUUAAUACUCGAGAAAAUACGAAGAAAAGGAUGAUUUCUCAGAAAGUAAAAAACAAUAAAAAAAUAAAAGGAUUGGUAUGUCCUUUGUCGUUGUUUGCUGUUUGCAGCUUUAUGGAUACAAUAGUUUAAAUAGAUUCAGGUUAUAACGUGAGGUUGAUUAAUUAAUAUUUCGUUUCUUUUCCCUUUCAA